AUGUGUUAAAUAUAUAUUGAAAUUGUUAAAAGUUAUCAAAAGAUGAAGGAUGUUGUAUUUGAAACCAUCAACCUAAAUAAAUAAGUUGAAGUUAAGAAAAAUGCUAAAUCACUGGUUUUGAUAUCUUUAUUGACAAUGAAAAACUUCUUAAAUAUUUCCACUGAACUAAUCCUAUGA